GUUGUGAGUUACGAAAGAGUAGACGAUUUCUCGCGGGGAAGGCACUUCCCAGUCGUCCGGAAAAAGUACCGCAUUGCUAUUUUUUCCUUUGAUCUAGCAAGCGGACGGUAGUGCGAUGGUAUACGAUAUCAAAUGGAUCAUACCGAAGCUUCGAAAUCCAAGCAGUCUUUGGAACAUUGCGAGUAGCAUAACCUUUGUAGCAGUAGGGAUUUUCUCUAAAAUCAUUAUAGAAUGGCUGAACAGAACAACAGUGUACAACAAACAUAUCAUCAAUCGAGCGUUAGACGAACGGCCGAAAAAUGUACCGUUAAUCACAGUGUCAAAUCAUCACAGUUGCUUCGAUGAUCCUGGCAUAUGGGCGAGCCUGGACCUGAGGUAUCUGAUGGAUCGACGUAAGAUCAGAUGGUCGCUUGCGGCCCACGACAUUUGUUUCACAAACUCCUGGCAUUCAUACUUCUUUAUGCUGGGCAAAUGCAUUCCCGUGAUCAGAGGUGGAGGUGUGUAUCAGGAAGCCAUGGAUUUCUGCAUCGAAAAGUUGGCCGCUGGUGAAUGGAUUCACGUCUUCCCCGAGGGGAAAGUAAACAUGUUUAAAGAAACCAUGAGAUUAAAAUGGGGUAUUGGAAGAUUAAUAUAUGAAUCACCUAUUCCGCCGCUAGUAGUUCCAAUCUAUCAUCUUGGCAUGGAUGACGUUUUACCGAAUGAACCACCAUAUAGAUUGAAAAUACGCAAAAAGGUCACUAUGAAUUAUGGUGAUCCAAUAGAUUUUAGCGAAUUAAUAGAAGAAUUGCGUGUGUCAAAAGUGUCUGAAGAGGAAGCAAGGAAAGCGAUUACAGAUCGUAUUCAAACAGAACUUUUAAAAUUGAAAACGAUAACGGAAGAACUUCACAAAAAUUCAUGAUAAUCAAACGGGAGACAUUCUAAUCAUCAUCCCGAUUAGCUUUAAUAUACCAAAAAAAAAACAAAAAAAACAAAAAAAAACAAAAAAAUAUAUAUAUAUACAAAAAAUAAAAUUUUAAUUUCAAUGUGACAAUAGAUAUUAAUCAAAGAUAUUCAUUUGUACGACAUGUAACUAAUAUAUAUAUAUACAGUUGUGUAAUGUAAUGCACGUAUCAGGCAGUAGUGAUUUAGUUUUGUUUCUUUUUUUAUUUUUUUUCAUUUUUUUUAAGAGGAUAUUAUAUUCAUGAUAUUCUUGAGAGAAUUUUAAUUUAAAUACGAGUCGUGUUGACUUAAAAAUGCCAUAUAUACGUUUCACAGUUACAUUAUCACAUACAUAAUAAUGUAUAUACGUUCCUGCAUACACAUAAAAGGAAUCAUCGUAACUUAUGUAAAAACUUACAGUUAUUGUUUAUAGAACAAAUUUUAAUAUAAUCGCAAAUUACGAAAGCUUCUAUGAAACAUAACACUGAAACUGUGCCACUGUACUAUGCAUAUCAUCGUUUAUUUUUAUGCGUUGAUUUUUUUAAUAUUUUCGAGGUUCGUAAUUUGUGAUGAUACAAGCGUGACACAAUCUUUGUAUAAUUCAUUGAAUUUAUUCUGCAUAUAUUAAAACCUUUUAUAUAAAUGAUUCGAAUAUAAUUGUAAUUUAAUCAAAGAAAAGAAAAAAAAAUGAAUUUGACGAAAUAAUAUAACUAAAUCAGAUUUGAUUGAAACCCAACUUAAAUUUGUUGGAUUUUAAAACGCUUAAUCAUCGAACAUAAGACGAAAUUACCAUGUUUGUGAUCAAUUGUACAUUUAAAUAUAUGCACACACGUAUAUUUUUGAUAUAUUGUAAGAAUUUACAGUAACUAUAUUAAAAACAUUGAAUGAUAAAAAUACUAUAAAGAUAUACAUAUUUUGUAUUUAUUAAAUUUUUUUAUAAGUAGUAAAAUAUUUUCACAAAAAGAAAUCUAUUUUUUGCAAUCUGUUGUACUAUAUGCGAGUAUUAUUUAAAGUGUAAUGUGACUGUUUUACGCCAUUAUUUCAUUUUAAUAAAUUAUUUUUCACGCUAUACUAUAUUAUUUAA